CUUUUUCGGGAGCUGACUGGGUGGUUUAUCACCGUGAACAAGGCCACACAUCCUUAGGGGGUUCCAGACACGCACAGCCCCCAAUGGCUUCUGCAACCCAAUGUCUUGCCUCACUGGCAAGGCUCAGCUUGACGUCAGCGGCCCGGCCCUCCACAGCUUCGAUACCGCGGUUUCUCGUGCCAUCAGUAGGCACAUCUCAAGCUCGGUACGCGUCCGGCGGUGCAGGCGGCUUUCGGAAACGGGAGAAGAAGAAGAAGGUGUACAAGGCAUUCCGGUCGUACGAUCUGACUGACCUGGAACAAUACUCUCUCUGCGAUGCCAUCAGAUACCUCCGCGCCUACGAAGUUGGCCGCCCGCCCACAUCGGUCAAGUACGCCCUCGCCCUCAAGCUCAAGACCGUCAAGAGCGGGCCCGUCGUCCGCAACCGGAUCCGCCUUCCGCACCCCGUCAAGACGGACACGCGCAUCGCCGUCGUCUGCCCGGACGACAGCCCAUUGGCCGCCGAGGCACGCCAACUGGGCGCCGUCGUCGCCGGCGAGGAGUCGCUCUUCGCCAGCAUCCGCGAGGGCAACGUCCCGUUCAACCGACUCAUCUGCCACACGGACAGCGAGCCGGCGCUGAAGAAGGCGAACCUGGGCAAGAUCCUCGGGCCCAAGGGGCUCAUGCCGAGCAUCAAGACCAAGACCAUCACCGCCAAUGUGCGCGGCCUGAUGAGGGAGCUGGUCGGCGCCGACGAAUACAGGGAGCGCGGCGGCGUGCUGCGGCUGGCUAUCGGGCAGCUGGGAUUCACCCCGGAGAUGCUGGGGGAGAAUGUCAAGGCGUUUAUGGGACAGGUCAAGUCGGACGUCUCUAGCUUGGAGGAACAGGUCGACAAGAAGAUCGAGGAGGUGGUUAUCAGCUCGACCAACGGCCCCGGCUUCAGUCUGAACGGUACCUUCAACUCAACCGACAACAAGAUCCAGCCUGCGCACCUGGAGGGUCCUAUGUAAAUUCCUGGGAGGGAGCAAGGAAGGCUGCUGUUUUGUAAAAAUACCAUGUAUCACUUGUAGAGCAAGGAAAUCUUGAGAAUCUGUCUAUCUUCUGGGUAU